GCUGUCAUUUCAAAAUUUGACGGGUCGCAGUGACGGUUACGAAUACAAAUUUCAAACUGCGAUUUACUGUUUACAAUUUGAUUGUGGCAAUUUUAAUUAAUUACCACAAAUACCGUGACUAAUAUUACGAAUGUGACACUGAGAAACCGUUAUAACGUAUUUGUACUACAAAUUUCUUUGAGUUUUGAAGAGGACAAGUGCUUUUCGUUCUAUGAUACUAAUUUUGUGCAGCGUCGUUGAAAAUGGUGAAAAUAGAGCGCGAGCGAGAUCGGAGGGUUGGGGGAAUUGUGCCUUCGAAGAGUGGUUCCACGCAGAAUAUGGCAGCGAAUAUAAAAGUUGUGGUGAGAGUGCGACCACUGAAUGAGAAGGAGCUCGAACAGAACAGUCGCAUCGUGGUGGAUGUUGUUGAUGAUAAGAUGCUGGUCUUCGAUCCUAAGGAGGAAAUGAGGCCAUUUUUCUACCAGGGCGUCCAGCAGCCGAAUAAGAAUUUUUUAAAGCGUGCUAACAAAGAGUUAAAGUUUGUAUUUGAUAAUGUUUGUAGUCAGAGUGCAACAAAUAGGGAUGUGUUUGAAACUACCACAAAGGAUAUGCUAUCCGCACUGAUGGAGGGUUACAACUGUUCUGUUUUCGUCUAUGGAGCAACUGGAGCAGGGAAAACCUUCACCAUGAUUGGCAACAGUGAGCAUCCUGGAAUAACAUACUUGACGAUGGAGCAUCUUUUUUACAUAAUUAAUUCAUAUGAAAAAGAUAGAGAGUUUGAUAUAGGUGUCUCUUAUAUUGAAGUAUAUAAUGAAAAUGUAUAUGAUCUAUUGAAACCGUCAAACACACCAUUACAACUGAGAGAGGACUCAAAAUAUGGGGUAAUGGUUGCUGGUCUCACACUUAACAACAUCAAGACAGCAAGAGAACUUCUUAACAUGCUGGAAAAUGGCAAUAAGAAUAGGACACAGCAUCCCACAGAUGCUAAUGCUGAGAGUUCUAGGAGCCAUGCUGUAUUUCAGGUAUACGUGAAGAUGCGUUACAAGACAAGCAGUCAACUACGUCUCGUCAAGUUGUCUAUGAUAGACCUAGCUGGCAGCGAGCGGGCGUCUGCGACCGGCUGCGUUGGCGAACGAUUCAAGGAGGGAGCCAACAUCAAUAAGAGCUUGUUGUCGCUAGGCAAUUGCAUUAAUAAGCUGGCAGAUGGCAGUAGCUACAUACCUUACAGAGACUCGAAACUUACUCGGCUCCUGAAAGACAGUCUCGGUGGGAACUGCAAGACGGUAAUGAUAGCUAAUGUCUCACCUGCACACAUCAGCUACGAAGACACCUACAACACACUCAAAUACGCGGCCAGGGCGAACAAGAUACAGUUGAGCAUAAAGAAGAAUAUAGUAGACGGAGACAUGAGGUUGUCGCAGUACGUGAAGAUCAAUGAAGAACUCAAGAAGAAGGUGAAGGAAUUGGAGGCGAAGCUGUCGCUGUCUAGCGUUAAACAGGUGGUUCGGGAGCCGGAUACGACGAAAGAAAAAGUGCGGCUGGAGUGGCGGCGGCGCGUGGCGGAGGCGGAGGCGUCGCACGGCGCGGCGCAGGCGGGUGUGCUGGCGCUGCUCGGCCGCCAGCGCGUGCUGGCGCUGCGCCGCCGCCUGCGCGCGCGCGCCCGCGACCACGCCGCGCGCCUCGCGCACCGCUCCUCCUGCGACGUGCUCGACCAGAUGUGCAGCGAAGAUAUUCCGCGGCAAGAGCGCGCCGCUGAGAAUUAUAUGAAGCAGUCUGCCCAUCUCGAUUCAAAAGUUUUAGUGGCUUGGAACAAUUGGGACGAGCAUAGGCAGAAACUGGAUCGACUGUGCAGCCAAGCGCUCUCAGAAUGUCCAGAAUUGAGUGAUUUCAUAGAAAAAAUAAGGAUGCAAAGUGAACUCAGAGAAGUGAAGGCUAGAGACGACAUGAGAUACAAGUUAUUAUGUAUAGAGAACGAAGAGAUAAACACAUUCACGGAAUACAUGAGCGAAAUGCCCAGUAUGCUAAAGAAAUUAUAUUUGACAUUGAAAGGGUACGAUAAGGCACCGCCAGCAUUAACUGCGGAGUAUUUAGAGAUUAUGAAGAAAGCGAAGCAGGCCAAAGGCAUCUCGUGGUCGGAUACAGAGAUAGAAGGCGAUUCUCAUUUCAAAUUCAUAUCAAAUUUAAAUUUAGACAAACCAUCGACAACUCUAGAGUAUAAUUAUCCUAAUCACGAUGACGUAAAUGGGACCAUAGACGUAGUGACGGACAGCGAAGAUUUGACCGACGUUGAGAACCGGGAACCGGUACGAUUAUGUGCGACCAAACGAAAGGGUACCCCUAUAAAGCUGGCUAAUAAUGAAACUAUAAUUAUUAACGAUUCCUUUGAAAGUUUGGACACGACGAGAAAUUUAAAUUCCGCUAAGAAAGUUAAAAGGGAAUACGGAAUUGCGCCUGAGGUGGAGAAUUUUAUUGACCCCAAGGACUUGAAUUCGACAUUUGUCCUGGGUGGCAAGGUAGAGCCGGCCCAUAAGCCUGUUAAACCUGAGAAGGUGGAACCAGUGAAAAGAGGACUCAUCGAUCGGACAAACACAAUCCAGAGGACUGUGACUUUUAAUGACAAGGCCAAGAUAGUGAAGCCAGUGGUGGGCAGAGCACUGCCGUUCCGUCGGCCGCCCACUGCCGGUUUCGGCUCCAGUCUUGCACGCGACGGUACACCGCUGCAGAGAAACAUACAAGCCAUGAAUCGUGCAAAGGCGAAUGGCACUGAAAGAUCAGUCGGUUAUAAAGCAGUGAGGACGCGCGACCGGGUACAGGCGCACCCGUACGCGAGGCCUGCUGCCUUGCAGCACAGGAAGUGACCACAUCGGCGUCGUCACGACGGAUCGUCUCAAGGUUGGUGUGGACAAGCUACAUUUAAGAAAUGCUACAUGCGGCCAAACCUGAGAACGACAUUUGUAAUAAAACAUCCAAUUCAUCGCAUAUGUAAUUUGCAAAAUGUAUAACUGGAGCUAAUUGUGUAUGUAUGUAUGUGACUAUAGCCAUAUUACUAGAUAUGUCCAUAAGUGAUGGCUGUUUUCUGUAUAAUCAGUUAAAAAUUACCUACUUAUGGUUCACCAAAUGUAUUUUUCGUCUGUAUAUGUAUACAGGGUAUAAGGGACAGGCUGGCUAAAACGAAGACAGCGGAUUUAGAUUAAUGGUUAGAUCAUUUUCCUAUCAGAAAUGUACCAUAGCCAUAUAAUUAACGAUUCUUAUAUUAAACGCCGCGCAAUGUAUUUGAAAUUUUACGAUCCACACUACGCGUGGUACCUACCCUACACCUGCAGUAGCAACUAGGGCUUCUUCGUAGGUAUUUUCGUACCCUUGUGGCGUUGACCUUACACAGCUGAUUCCGCGCGUCGCGGUAGUAUAUUAAUAUGUAUAUUACAUUUUUGUUUUUUUUUUUUAUCUUUCAUAGUAUUUCGCUAUAAAAUAAUAUUAUUUCUUUAUAUUAUGACAUAUUGUAGAUUACAUGAUUUUAAAUGAAUAAAACAGGAAAAGAAUUUGAAUUUUUCCGGAAAGAUUUUCCACUAGUUUUUAGUUCAGAAUAAUGGUCUAAAUUCACUGUUUUACAUUUUGCCAAUUUGCCCCUUACACCCUGUAUAGUUACAAAAAUGUCAAAGUAGAGCUAAAUUCGCAUCUGAUCAAAUGUAUAUUUAAAAACACAAGAGUUUGUAUAUAUAUUAAAUUUCUUAACAUCAGGCUUCUUAACGUUUACUAGUUUUAGACAUUAUACCACCAAAACUGUUAUGCCAAUAGUACGUAUCUAAAAUUGUACUUUUUUUAAAAUCACGCAGCAUCGCAAGCUAAUACAAAAUUUAUGCAUUGGACAUUUUAAGUCCAGUAGUCGCACGUAAAGGAAAAUUUAUGGAUAACGUGGACCAUUCCAGAGACCCAGUCGAGUGUGAGAUCUCCUUUAUAUCUCUAAGUUUUACUUACAUAAAUAAGUAUCUUACUUAGCUAAGUGUUGUAAGUUAAUUGAUCGAUUGAAUAAUGAUAAAUUACGAGAGUUUUUGUAAAUUUAUCGUAACUUAAUUACGAGGUGUACUUAUGUGGGUAAAACUUGCAAAUGUGAAGGCAGCUAGGGUAAAAUUUCUUAUUUAACGUGUUAUUUUACGAUUAUUCUUUUGUUAUGACAAUUAGAAGUGUUGGUGCGUUGUACUAAAAUUUUUUUUUUAAAAACAUUGCUGGGUAUCAUCGUCAUAUUAUACCAGCGUCGUGUGGCCCCGGCAUAGAAUGGGCCACCCCUGACUUUUCCGUGGGUGUCGUAAGAAUCGACUAAGGGAGGGCGAGCGAUGGGCAGCAGCGUCCCUCUUAAAACAUCUCCAAAGUCUAACUGCGUUAGUCAACCCGUCUGCUAAGCGUGGCAACUACUGGCAAAACCCCUCAAGGGAAAAGGCUUAACCAAUAGUUACCACGCUUGGCAGGCGGAUUGGCAUCCGCAGUUUGGGUUUGGUGAUAUUUUAACAGGGACGCAGCUGCUCAUCCCUCGAUGGUUACGUUCCCUUGGUCGCCUUCUACGACACCCAUGGGAAAGGGAGGGGUUGGCCUAUUCUAUGCCGGGACCACACGGCAGUGCAAUAGCCCAGUUAGUGGAUAUUACUGGUCACAAAUUUGUAUUUUAGUUGUAUGAAACUUUACUAGCAUCACAAUUGUUACUAUUGAAUAAUUAAUUUUUUUUUACGCAGUCUACUCGCGUAUUUAAUUUAAAUUUGACACAUUCAAUAGUCGUUCAAGAAUAAGUAUAUUUAUUGAUUUAGAAACACUUUAAUAUGUUUGACUCAUAUCAAAUGCUGUUUUGUUCAAUCUUUUCCAAUACAUAUAUAGGAAUAUACAUAUUUUAUAACUAUUUUAUUUUUGGAAUUAAAGAUUCUUUUAAUUAUUCGACAAAAAAGUGGAUCUUCAGUUGACGCAGUUACAUUUAAGUUUUUAGAUAAUUCUUUUUAUUAGCGUUCAUAUGGUAAAUAAAUUAUGACCUAGUUUUAGUGGUAUAGAAAACAUUUUCUUUAUUUGUAAUAUUUACAACCAAACUUGCUGUCAGGACUAAUUGUAUACAUACAUAUAUAGAACAGUAAAAUGCAAUAAUGAAUAUAGGUACAAAGCCGACCACAGACACGCUAAGAUAAAUUGCUACGAUUUAGCAGUACUACUCGAACGGCAAUGAUAAAUUGUAACGUAACAAAACUGCUUUUCUGCAACCCAUAUUAGGAUUUAUCGUUAGUUUUAAAUGUAUACUGUAAACGUAACGGUUUCUUGUAGUGGAUGUAAGCUCAUUUACCGCUCUAUGAUCAGUCACAUACCUAUACAUGCAUACACACAUGCACAGGCACGCAACAUGCACACGUACGCAUAUGUACGUACACACACACACACACACACACGUACAUGCACGAACGCACGCGCACACAAAUAUCGGGUUAGGUUUAAUAUUGCUAAAAGUAAUACAAAUGUUUUAUUUUUAGCAAAUUUUAUUUAGAAAAUAACUUUCCACUAAUUGUUUUUAGAAUAAUGUGUACUAUAAAAGAAUUUGUUAAGCAUUAAUUAUUAUUACUUAGUUUUAUUGUAUUUCUUUAGUAAACUUUAGAAUGUGCUAGCUUUAACAUUUAAGUAACUAUGUACGUAUAUUAAACAUGCAUUUGUUUUUCUUAUAUU